GGAAGCCCCCUCCCUGAUGGGGUUGCCUGAGCCUGGCCCUUCCUGGCUUCCCCGAGGCUCCGCAAGCAGUCAGAAGCGGGGAGCUGCUGCUCGGGACUGAAGAGGUUAAUGUGCAUCUGCUUCCGAAUGUUAAUGUGCAUAGGUGAUGUCAGUGGGAGCCGGGGAAGGAGGGAGUGGGGAGAGAAGCGGGGCUUGGAGGCGGAAGACGCUGCCAGACCGCCAGGAAGACCCCCUUCCGGACUGCGGGGCUCGUGCUCUGGGACGGGCGGGCGGCGCUGCCGCAGCCUGCGUGGGUGGACGGGAGAGCAGGCGACGGGCAGCGGCAGGAUGGACCUGGAAGCCUCGCUGCUGCCCACUGGCCCCAAUGCCAGCAACACCUCGGAUGGCCCCGAUAACCUCACCGCGGCCGGGCCACCUCCUCGCACAGGGAGUGUCUCCUACAUCAACAUCAUCAUGCCUUCUGUGUUCGGCACCAUCUGCCUCCUGGGCAUCAUCGGGAACUCCACGGUCAUCUUCGCGGUGGUGAAGAAGUCCAAACUGCACUGGUGCAGCAAUGUCCCCGACAUCUUCAUCAUCAACCUCUCGGUGGUGGACCUCCUUUUUCUCCUGGGCAUGCCCUUCAUGAUCCACCAGCUCAUGGGCAAUGGUGUCUGGCACUUUGGGGAGACCAUGUGCACACUUAUCACGGCCAUGGACGCCAACAGUCAGUUCACCAGCACCUACAUCCUGACUGCCAUGGCCAUUGACCGCUAUUUGGCCACUGUCCACCCCAUCUCCUCCACCAAGUUCCGGAAGCCCUCUGUGGCCACCCUGGUGAUCUGCCUCCUGUGGGCCCUCUCCUUCAUCAGCAUCACCCCCGUGUGGCUCUACGCUAGGCUUAUCCCCUUCCCAGGGGGCACAGUGGGCUGCGGCAUCCGCCUGCCCAACCCAGACACUGACCUUUACUGGUUCACCCUGUACCAGUUCUUCCUGGCCUUUGCCCUGCCCUUCAUAGUCAUCACAGCCGCGUAUGUGAGGAUCCUGCAGCGCAUGAUGUCCUCAGUAGCUCCGGCCUCUCAACGCAGCAUCCGGCUGCGGACAAAGAGGGUGACUCGCACGGCCAUCGCCAUCUGCCUGGUCUUCUUUGUGUGCUGGGCUCCCUACUAUGUGCUACAGCUGACCCAGCUGUCCAUCAGCCGCCCAACACUCACCUUUGUCUACCUAUACAACGCAGCCAUCAGCUUGGGCUACGCUAACAGCUGCCUCAACCCCUUUGUGUACAUCGUGCUCUGUGAGACAUUCCGCAAACGCCUGGUCCUGUCAGUGAAGCCUGCCGCCCAGGGGCAGCUUCGAGCCGUCAGCAAUGCCCGGACAGCCGACGAGGAGAGGACAGAAAGCAAGGGCACCUGACCCUUCCCCUGCCACCCCGGGCACCUCCAAGUCAGGACAGCAUAGCAGAACAAUGAGGAGAGACCUGAGAAGAACAAAAGACCCCUCUGGGAGAAUGCAGGGAGGCUGGGUGGUGAGGGGUUGUGGCAACUAAAAACAUUCCACAGGGUCCAC